AUGUCUCAAAAUAAUGCACAAGACUCACCAUCAACAUUUAAAAGGCAUCUGACUAAACACAGUACACUGGGUGAUGACACUAGAUACGUCAACAGCAAAAGACAACGACAAAAUAGCCAAGAAAAUGUUGAAGAAGUUUAUAACAAUGACGAGCGUAUCGAAGAAUGGAUUGAACCGAAUAUGCGUCAUGGUAUUACUUUUAAUGUUAAUCAAGCCGGCAAUGAUCGUAAUCAAACUCGCAUUUCCAAACAAGCGAUUAAUUAUGCAACCGAUUGUCAUUUUCCACCGAUCAAAAUUGUAUGCACACCUAAAAUUCAAAAUCAAAAUGGAGCUGGUUUUGUUCAAGCACUCACCAAGCACAUCGAGAAGAAAUUUAAGAACGAAAACCCAACAUGCAAAAAACUAUUAGCAUUUGACGCAUGGUGGGUAAAUUCAGAAGGUGAUAUGAUGGUAUUAACAAAAUGUAUUGAAAUAUUUAUUCAUCUAUGUAUAUUAGCGAAUUACCCGCAUGAAAUUAAUAAUAUCAAAAUUGAACCUCUGUUGCCAAAAUAUUUACCACCACCAUUCUCCAUAUUGAUUAAAUUUGUUCACAAUCACAUUUCAAUUGAUGAAAUUCGUCAAGAAGUAAAAGAGAAAUAUAUUUCACAAUAUUCAUGUAACGAAUUGAUUGGAACUAAAACAAAUCGAACGAGGCAUGUUAGAGUUGACUUUACUGACAGAAAUGACUACAAUACCAUACUCAAUAAUGGACAAAUAUCAUUUUUUAGUCAACUUUAUACAGUAAAUGAAUUUCUCGAAGCUUCAAAAUUAGUUAUCUGUUCCAAAUGUAACUCUCCGGGACACAUGAAAAAGCAAUGUCAACUAAAUUAUGAUCGAUGUCGUCGUUGUGGUUGUGACUGGGAGACCGGUAAUCAUUUCGAAUGUGCAAUUCAAUGUCAUUAUUGUAGUGGUGAGCAUUUAUCCACGGAUUAUAAAUGCCCAGCUCUAGCCGAUUAUCGAUGUGAACUCGUAAAAGAACUAAAACGACAUCCUGAAUGUUUGCCCGAACAUGUACAACUAUUUAUACCAGCUCAAUGUCGAGAUAGGAAUGAUCGUUCACAUGUUAUUACAAAUUAUUAA